AAGUUGUUAAACGAGCAUUCCUCUCUACUCUCCCUCUUUCUCUCUCUUUCUCUCUCUCUCUCUCUCUCUCUCUCUCUCUCUAUAUAUAUAUAUAUAUAUAUAUAUAUAUAUAUAUUCUCUUUAUCUCGAGCGCAUGAGCGAUUUCAGACGUAAGAUCCACGCUUUCUUUCUGUUUUUUUUGUUUCGACACGAUUGAUCGAUCUGCCUCUUCGACUUUUGAACAAGCAACGCGGAGAUCUCGGGUCUAUGAAAUCGUUCACGACGGAGUGUAAAUUUCAAUAGCGAGAAUCGACUAUGAAGAAACGGGUGUCCAUCCCUUCCGACCGAUUCGCCAGCUUUUUCGGGAAAGUCGUCUGCUGGCUCUGGGAGACCCUCGACCUCGUCCUGCUCAUCGUGCUUGACUAUUGGGCGAGGAUGAUCGAAUUGAUACUCGUGCUGAUGAAUUUGACGUUUCAGGUAAUCUGUUUCCUCAGAGACCUGUGCAUCGAUUCGAUGCAGACGUUCGCCAAUGUUUUCCAAGGGAUCGUCAACGUCGCCAGCGGCAUCAACCGCGAAGACGUCGAAGACUUCGCUUCCGCCUGCAUCGUCGUGUUCUUAUACACCGGGGCCGUGAAGAUGUUUGUGAACUUUCUGAGAAAGGUAUACAUGACAGAAAAGUACACGACAGACUUGUGUCACGCUGAUCGUCACGAUAAUCAUUACUGUCAACAAUGGGCAGAAACUCGCCGCAUUUGUCCCUUGUUAUCAACCGCAAAUGUAGUACCCUGCUUUUUAGAACUGUCGAACGCGGCGAAGCGCAGGAAAUUUAAAUCGUUGAUGUGCGCGUCUCGCGAGGGAUAUCGCUACCAUGUGACAAAGAGAAGACCACGGUGCAAAAACCAGAAUCCGUAUGUGAAACUGUUUAACGUCCCCGAACAACGGAAUACGCGGCGGGGCAAUAAUAACAACAAUCCGACGAGAGGUCAUGCACGGGAUGCGUGUCCCGCCAACAGGAGGUCGGGCAGAAGGAUGAACCAGAGGAAUAACAGGCGACGCCGGCCGUUACUGGAAAAGAGCAACUGACAUUAGCAAAAUCUAUCUGCUUUCUCUGCAGAGCGUAUACAUUUUUACCGAGGUAUAUUAAUACGAACGCUUCUGUCGUUUGUAGUUACAGAGAAACAGAGAGAAAGCGAG